AUGGACAAUCAAGAAUACGUGGAAGCUCUCAAACCCUUUCAAGACGAGAUUCCUGCGUGGGAUGCCAAUGCCAACAAGGAAAAAUAUUUGUUGAAAGACACGAGAAAUCAGAAGCCAGAUUUUGAUCUAGAGGGAACGAUUAAGAGAUUUCAACAUCUAUUGAAUCUGAGUGGACUUUUCAGACACUUUAUCGAGCGCAAAGCCGCCAAAGACGCGAAGUUUCAGAAAGUUUUGAGCAUAUUGGACAAUCCAACUGGAGGUAAGCUUUCCAAAAACGGGGCACAUCAGGAUAAAAGAAGACGGAAAACCGAGAGGGAGGAAGAUGCUGAGCUUCUGCGAGAAGAAGAGGACGAAGACGACGGGGAAAUCGAGUUUCGUUUCAACGAGUCACCUCCGUUUGUGAACGGGUCUUUGAGACCCUACCAGAUCCAGGGUGUGAACUGGCUGGUCUCACUGCACAAGAAUUGUCUGGCCGGAAUUUUGGCGGACGAAAUGGGUCUGGGGAAAACAUUACAAACCAUCUCGUUUCUCGGAUACUUGCGGUACGUCGAAAAAACCCCAGGGCCAUUUUUGGUCAUUGCUCCAAAGUCUACUUUGAACAAUUGGCUCAGGGAGAUAAACAGGUGGACGCCAGAGAUUAAGGCCUUCAUUUUGCAAGGUGACAAGGAAGAAAGAGCAAAACUGGUUUCCGGUAAACUUUUGGCUUGUGACUUUGAAAUCGUGGUGGCAUCCUACGAAAUCAUCAUUAAAGAAAAGUCCGCGUUCAAGAAGAUCGAUUGGCAAUACAUUGUAAUCGACGAAGCGCACAGAAUCAAAAAUGAAGAAUCUUUACUAUCGCAAGUGCUCAGAGAAUUCACCUCUCGUAAUAGACUGCUCAUAACGGGUACGCCGUUGCAAAAUAAUUUGCAUGAACUUUGGGCUCUGCUAAACUUUCUGCUGCCAGACGUGUUCUCCGAUUCGCAAGCCUUCGAUGAUUGGUUUUCCGCCGAGUCAAGUGAAGAAGACAAGGAGAAAAUUGUCAAGCAAUUGCACACUGUUUUGCAGCCAUUUUUGUUGCGCAGAUUGAAGAACGAAGUCGAGACGUCUCUUCUACCAAAGAAAGAACUGAAUCUUUACAUCGGUAUGUCCACAAUGCAAAAAAAGUGGUAUAAGCAAAUUUUAGAGAAGGACAUUGACGCUGUUAACGGAACAAAUGGUACAAAAGAAUCCAAGACUCGGCUUUUGAACAUCAUGAUGCAGCUCAGAAAGUGUUGCAAUCACCCUUACCUCUUCGAUGGUGCAGAGCCUGGCCCUCCUUAUACUACUGACGAACAUUUGGUUUACAAUUCUGCUAAACUGAAGGUUUUGGAUAAACUUUUGAAAAAAUCUAAAGAAGAAGGCUCUCGUGUAUUGAUUUUCAGUCAAAUGUCCAGAGUUUUAGACAUUUUAGAGGAUUAUUGUUUUUUCAGAGAGUAUCAGUACUGUAGAAUUGACGGUUCCACGGCUCACGAGGAUAGAAUCGAAGCAAUCGAUGAGUACAAUGCGCCUGAUUCUAAGAAAUUUGUGUUUUUGUUGACCACUCGCGCUGGUGGCUUGGGAAUUAAUUUAACAACUGCGGAUGUCGUUGUUCUUUUCGAUUCAGAUUGGAACCCCCAAGCCGACUUACAGGCCAUGGACAGAGCGCAUCGGAUUGGUCAAAAGAAACAGGUCAAAGUCUUCAGAUUAGUGACCGACAACUCUGUUGAGGAAAAAAUCCUCGAAAGAGCCACUCAGAAACUGAGACUAGAUCAGUUGGUUAUCCAGCAAGGCAGAGGUGCAGCCACUAACAAGGAAACGAAGAAAAGUGACACGAAAGAUGCGCUUUUGACUAUGAUUCAACAUGGUGCUGCCGAUGUGUUCAACUCAAAUAGUGAAACUUCCAGCAGUAAAGGUACACCUCAACCCAAUUCGACCGGCGAUGUCGAUGGGGACUUAGAUCUAGAUGCGCUUCUUUCCAAGUCUGAAGACAAGACACAGACGUUGCACCAAAAAUACGAAGCACUAGGACUGGACGAUUUGCAAAAGUUCAAUCAGGACUCAGCAUAUGAGUGGAACGGGCAAGACUUUAAGAAAAAUGUCCACAAGGACAUUAUUACUCCCAGCUAUAUGAACCCUACUAAGCGUGAGCGUAAAGAAAACUAUAACAUUGAUGGGUAUUACAAGGACAAGUUAAAUCCCGGUAGAUCUACGACCCCUGCGCAACCGCGGAUGCCACGGCCACAGCCGUUCAAUAGCCAUCAACUGCUUUCACCCCAACUGAAGGUUCUUUACGAGAAGGAAAGAAUGUGGAACACAAAGAAGAACAACUAUGUGCCCACAAUGGACGACGUGAAAACCACUUUUGGUGAUAUUGCAGACGAAGAGGAGAAGUUGAAGAAAUUGAACCUCCUUAUAAUGUCUGUAAGCAAUGCCCAGCCACUAAGCGAGGAGGAGUUCAAACAGAAGGCGGAGCUUGAGGCUGAGGGCUUUACGAAUUGGAACAAAAACGAUUUCCGAAAGUUCAUUGCGUCCUGUGGCAAGUAUGGUAGAAACUCGAUAAAGGCGAUCGCGCUUGAUUUUGCGCCUCACAAGUCGGAGCAAGAGGUCCGGGACUAUGCCAGAGCAUUUUGGGCAAACAUACAGCGUGUUGAAGAUUACGAACGGUACAUCAAGAAUAUCGAAGCGGAAGAGGAAAGGAUUAGACGGUCUAAGCUUCAGCAAGAGUCGCUGCGCCGUAAAAUUGCGCAGUGCGGCAACCCGUUAUUUGACCUCACGCUGAAAUACCCACCCUCGAACAGCAACAAGCGGGUUUUCUCCGAGGAAGAGGACAGGUUUUUGUUGCUGAUGUUGUUCAAGUACGGGGUCGACCGCGAGAAUGUUUACGAGCUGAUUCGAGACGAGAUUCGCGAUUGUCCGUUGUUCGAAUUAGACUUUUUUUUCCAGAGCCGGACGCCAAUUGAGCUGAACAGACGAGCAAUCACGCUAUUGCAGUGUUUGGAAAAGGAGUUCAACGCGGGGGUGGUAUUGGACGAGGGAAUGAAGCAGCGUUUAUCUGAAGAAGACGAAUCUGCUCAAAAGGCGGCCGAGGUGGAGAAGGCGAGAGAUGCAGAUGCAGAUGCAGAUGCAGAGAGAGCUGGUGAACCUGAUAGGGAAGUUAACGGUAACGGACACGGUGACGCUAAAGCUAACGCUAAGGGCACGAACGGGACGCACAAUGUGGAGCUUGAUGCCAAGCGGACAUUGGAGCCCACAGAAACGGAGUCCGUUGCCAAGAAGACGAAACUCGACGCUGACACCGAUGCUGACGCCCACAUUGAUGCCACACACGCGUGA